AUGUCUUGGUAUUACACGCCCCACCCCACCGUUGUGCCGGUAGAGGAUUUUGAUGCAUCUGCCGAUGCAAAUGCGCUCCGGAAAGCGAUGAAAGGUUUCGGCACAGACGAACAGGCGAUCAUUGAUAUUCUGUGUGCGCGAUCCAAUGCCCAGCGUCAGGAGAUCUCGGAAGCGUUCAAGCGUGAACUGGGAAGAGAUUUGAUCGAUGAUCUGAAGUCGGAAUUGGGUGGCAAGUUUGAAGAUGUCGUUCUUGGGCUGAUGCUGCGUCCGGAAGCGUAUCUGUGCAAGCAGCUGCACAAGGCGAUGGACGGUAUCGGUACGGAUGAAAAGACAUUGAUCGAAAUCAUUUCUCCUCAGACGAACGAUCAAAUCAAGGAGAUCGUCGACUGCUACGAGGAGAUGUACAGCCGUCCGUUGGCAGAGCAUUUGUGCAGCGAAACAUCCGGUAGCUUCCGGCGACUUCUGACAAUGAUCAUCGUUGGAUCUCGCGAUCCUCAGGGCACGGUUGACCCGGACCUUGCAGUCGAGCAAGCGAAACAAUUGUACGAUGCCGGUGAGGGCAAGCUUGGUACGGAUGAGGAUGUGUUUUACAAGAUCCUUGCCCAUGCAUCCUUCGAUCAGCUGGAGAUUGUGUUCGAAGAGUACAAAAGUUUGUCCGGUCGUACGAUCGAGCAGGCCCUUAAGUCGGAACUUAGCGGAGAGCUUUACGAUGCACUGAGCGCGAUCGUGGAAUGUGUCCAGAUGGCACCUCAUUUCUUUGCCAAACGACUGCAUAAAGCUAUGGAUGGGGUCGGAACGGACGAUGCGACGCUGAUUCGCAUCAUUGUGUCGCGGUCCGAGAUCGAUCUGCAGAACAUCAAGGAUGAGUUUGAGCAGAUGUACAACAAGACGCUCGUUAGCGCCGUGCGAAGUGAAACAUCCGGUGACUACAAACGGGCCCUUUGUGCAUUGAUCGGAAACGCAUAA